GUGACGCCGCUUUCAUUAUAUUGUGACCCCCUUUUGAUAAAUAUGUGCUUUGGUGACCUAAUUUGGGAUCUCAUUCGGUUUCUUUGCGUAUCACUAAUCUUAUUACAACAUAGACUACAUGUUUGAGAAUUCAGAUAGAGAUUUGGAGCUUUGUUAGCCCCAUUUGUUUGCCCUGUAAUGGAUUGUUUUGCAGUCUUAACUUCUUUGUUUAUUGCUUCCAUCUUGGGUGCUCUGUUUCCGUGGUUUGUUUAUUGCUGUAAAUUUUGGUUAUAUAUAUAGAUGGGGGAUUUGUAAUGGGUAGUUGCUGUAGGGCUAUGCUUGAGGCUUGUUCCAUGUCAAUUUUUUUAACCAAGAUGGGCAACUAACUCACUGCAGUCCCUUGUCAUUAUGAUUGGUUUACCAAUACAUGAAUUUUGGCAUGUAUAUGAAUGGGGGGAUUGUAGUCCAUGAGUAUGUUGCUGGGGCUUUCCAUGGGGCUGAUAUGAGCAUUGUUCCAGGAAGAAUGAGGCCCACAAUGAUGCUCAGGGUUCUGAACAAGCAGUUUCUUGGAAUUGUUGGUGAUGCAGCUACUGCUGUCGCUAAGAAGCCACCCCCACCUCCUGUAGUAUCGCGCAAACCGGCCUUCAUUGAUGCAUUCUUGUACAAGAUGAAGAAGAACCCAAGUCUUUUGUCGAACAAGACCAUUUGGUCACGAAGAUCCACUAUAUUGCCAGAGUUUGUUGAUACUACUGUCAAGAUUUACAAUGGGAAAACCACUAUCCGUUGUAAGAUCACUGAGGGAAAAGUAGGUCACAAGUUUGGAGAGUUUGCUCUCACCAGGAAGCGCAAGGCCAGAGAACAAGCCAAUGCCAAAAAUGUUAAACAACUUAAGAAAAAAAAGUGAUUUUUUUCUGCACUUUUGGGCCAAAAUAAUUUCAUGAAUAUUUUAUUUUCUGCUAUAUUUACAUCGAUCUUAAUUUCUUAGGUUCUCUAGAUUGCUUGUGAAGACCUAACAGAAUCCCCUGAUAGUUGACAGUAAUUCCUGUUAAAUUGCUUCAAUGACCAUCUAAUGUUGUCAUUUGAUGUUAUUAUAUAUUAGCUCUGGAUUGUUAGCCCAGAGUUGGAUCAGUUAAUGCCUAUUAACCCGUGAG